GUUGACUAGCUGAAAGUGGCAUGUCGUUUGAUUGAAACCUCAGCAUCUGAUAUCCUCUCCUCCUGUUAGGAAAAAAAUCCUUUCGCCUGAUUGACUGAUUUGGCAGGCUUUGAUUUGAGGAUUGCUGUACUGCCGCUGGCGCCGUCCUCUCUUUAUUUUCCUCAACGGAAAUAACUCGUUAACUCAGCAGUGACUCGGCAGCAGUACAAAUGGCGAAGAGGCGAAACCGCCGAGGGGUACAGAGUUCCGAUCGCAGUCAAGCACACGUCGACAUAUCCACUCAAGUGGACCAGUUCGGUGAGUCAGCAGCUUCUGAUCGCAAGCUCUUCACCAUUUUCGUCGUCUUCUUCAUCGUAAUUCCUGCUCUCUCCGUACUCGUAUAUCGUAUCAAAUACGCUCCAAAUACGUACAGUAUGAAUACACAUACACACCAACAAAGCCUCGUUAAAAUUGAUGUGAAUUACCAAGAAAUCCUCAGUGAGAAUUCAAAGGUUUCAAAGAAUGAAGCACAGCGGCAGUAUAAUUUUCCUACAUUAGCAUACAUUACUCCAUGGAAUUCUAAGGGCUAUGAAAUGGCAAAGAAGUUUACCAAUAAGUUUACCCACUUAUCACCUGUCUGGUAUGAUUUGAAGAGCCAAGGUAAUGGCUUAGUUCUGGAUGGAAGACAUAAUGCUGAUCAAGGAUGGCUCUCGGCGCUCAGAAGGAAAGGAGAUUCUCUGGUUUUACCUAGAAUCGUUCUGGAAGCAUUUCCAAUGGAGAUACUUACGAGGAAGAAACUGAAAGAUAAAGCUAUUCAGCUUAUAGUAUCAGAGUGCAUGGAAAUGGAAUAUGAUGGCAUUGUGCUGGAGUCCUGGUCCAGGUGGGCAGCUUAUGGUGUUUUGCUUGAUCCAGAUAUGCGGAAUAAGGCCCUGCAGUUCAUAAAACAACUUGGUUAUGCACUGCACUCUGUGAUCUCUGCAAGGAACAAUGACCAACCUUUACAGUUGGUGUACGUUAUAGGUCCACCACAAUUGGAGAAGCGUCAAGUACAUGACUUUGGUCCCAAGGAUCUUCAAAGCUUGAAUGACGCUGUAGAUGGUUUCUCACUUAUGACCUAUGACUUCUCAAGUCCUCAUAAUCCUGGUCCAAAUGCACCUUUGAAGUGGAUCAGAUUCACCUUGCAACUGCUUCUUGGUGACACUGGCAGUAGUGCCCGGACCCUAGCCAAUAAGAUAUUUGUUGGCAUCAACUUCUACGGAAAUGAUUUCCUCCUUUCUCGAGACCCUGCAGGUUCUGGUGGUGGAGCUAUCAUUGGGAGGGAUUACCUCUAUCUACUGGAGAAGCAGAGGCCUAAUUUGGAAUGGGAGAAAGACAGCGGGGAGCAUUUUUUCCUAUACGUUGAUGACGAGGAUAAAAAGCAUGCAGUGUUCUACCCAUCGCUAAUGUCAAUUUAUCUGCGGUUAGAGGAAGCUCGUUUAUGGGGAACUGGUAUCUCAGUUUGGGAAAUUGGGCAAGGUCUGGAUUACUUUUUUGAUCUAUUGUGAGCAGCAAUGCUUUUUUCGUCAAGGAAAAGAAGGAACCUUUUAUUUUAUUCAUUCAUUUACAUUUGCUUUUGCAUAUGCAUGUACUGUAGGAAUUUUUUAUCUUCUUCAAGUGUCAAAUAUUUUGGUAAGUUCAGAUUCAGUUGAUGGACUUUGUUGGCCAGCGGCCAAGAUCUCCACUCUAUGCAAUUCUUGGUUUGGUGGUUCAUUUUCAA